AGAGAGAGAGGAGAGGCUGUGCUGGAGAGAGAAAGAGAAAGAGAGAGAGAGAGAAUCAGCAAUCAGCAGCCUUCAAUAUUGCAAUCACAUCCAACCUAGGACUCUGAUAGUCUGCGCUCUCAGGACCCACGACAGAUAGACAGACAGAGCCCCUGCUCCCCGGGCAGACAGCAUGGACUCCAAAAACAAAAAGAAGAUCCAGUUCUCAGUGCCAGUGACGAUUCCGAGCCAACUGGACCCACACGCCGUGGAGAUGAUCCGCCGGAGGAGGCCGACCCCGGCCACCCUGUUCAGAGUGUCAGAGAACUCGCCCCCCGAGGAGGAGAGCACCACACACCAGCAGUGGGUGCUGGGGGAGAAUGGAGUCCUGAAACCCAAACGGCCGAACCCCUGUGCGUAUCAUCCGCCCUCGCUGAAAGCGGUUCAGAGGAUGGUCCAGUCUCACUUGCAGUCUCUGGGUGCCGACCCCCCCCUGGAGGAGCCCCUGGAACUGGGGGAGGAGGAGGAGGAGGAGGAGGAAGAGGAAGGAGAGGACAGGGAGGACAGCUCUUCAGACAGGGACUCUGAGGUGGACACAGGCAGCCUUGAAGAGACACAGCCUCACUCUGAGACAGAGCUCAACACAAGUCACGAGGGCCAGGCCACACAGGGGUUUGAGGUCAACACAGGUCACGAGGACCAGGCCUCACAGGGGUCAGAGGUCAGAAGACAAGAAGAGCCCGCCCCAAAGACAGCCCCACCCGAGGAAGAAAGAGAGCGAGCGGAGAAAGAAGAGAUGCUCUAAUGGACUACACACUGUCACUAAGAGAAAGAAUUGAGAAAGAGGAGAGGGAUAGAGAUAGAGGAGAGGGAUAGAGAGAGAGGACCCUACUUGAGAAAGGAGCUGUACUAUUGAACCUGAACUGGACUGAGUCUGUCUGUCUGACUGUCUGUCUGUGGAUCUAUGAGUGAACCUGUGUGCUGCAUACAUGAGAACUAUUAAUGCUGCAUAGACAGUACACACACACACACACACACACACACACACACACACACACACACACAUAAAGCAUGGUGCUCCAUUGCCCCUUGUGGAAGGUUACAAUUAAUGCCAUCAGUGCAAAUAUUUGAGAAGUCCCAGUUUUUGUAACGGAGAACAUGAUGUUUCUGACAUUCUGUUAUUGCAAUAGGAGAUCUGGGUCUUGCUCUGGUGUCUCACUGCUCUCUGGUGACUCUGCACCUGUCCUUGUAUUUACUGAAACUGAAACAAUUAAUAAACAAUGACUUUAUUGUU